AUUUAGUAACAUUUGAAAGCCACUGUAAACAAAUAGUCUCGUCAGCUGUUUUCUUUGCUUAAAAAAUAGUUAAUCAAAUCCUUGGAAACUUCUUUUGUCUGAAAUGUGAAAAUUCUUUGACAUUCAAAAAAUAUAAAAAAUAAAAUAUGGAGUGGUUCAGUACAAUAAUACUAGUUUUAAUAAGUGUAGAAAUAACACAGCAAGUCGAUUACGAUUGCGAUGAUUUAUUAAUGGGACAAUAUCUAUGUCCAGAUCCGACAAAAAAACAAAUUGAUCCCAAAACUCAACAAUUUUAUGGUUGUACAAAGGAAAAUAAGGCGCGAGUUUGGUGCUUAGCCGUAGAUGGCAUUAAUUGUACGGAAACAGGCAACAACACGUUUACGCGCGAAUUGCCCUGUAAAUGGACCAAUGGCUAUCACCUCGAUACCACACUACUGCUGUCCGUCUUUCUGGGUAUGUUUGGUGUCGAUCGCUUCUAUUUAGGUUAUCCUGGUAUUGGGCUGAUAAAAUUUUGCACACUCGGUGGCAUGUUUCUUGGCCAACUAAUUGACAUUGUGCUCAUUGCUACACAAGUUGUGGGCCCGGCAGAUGGUUCAGCUUAUGUAAUACCUUACUAUGGUGCCGGUGUGACAAUCGUACGUAGCGACAAUUCCACAUAUCGCUUACCACGUGAUGACUGGUGAAAAUGCAAUAAAUAAGACAUAUUUUUAAGACAUAUAUUAAUUAGUAAUAUAAAUUGACUGAACAUGUGCGUGUGUACAUUUAUAGAAUUAGUAUUGUGUUUUCUAAUAAAAUAAGAACAAAAAUUAAAUAUUGUAUCAAACAAAUGUGUGAGUUA